UACGAGUUAACUCACCAACAUCACAUGACGGAUUACUCAUUAGCAUAAACAAAAAAAUACCAAUUUAGUUUCAGUGAAAAUACACAUUGCAGAUAUGUCAGGUUGUACAAUGACUUCGAAGGUUGGCUUGAUUUUAAUAGGGUUGAUCUUCUGGGCUGUGGCGGCAGGCUUGUUCUUUGUUGGAGGAUGGGUGUUCAAUACCUACAAACAUUUUGAUGAAAUUGCAGAAGCUAACUUUACUCUGAUUCCUGCCUCCAUCAUCAUCGCAGUUGGAGUGAUGAUGUUCGUUGUUGGCUUGGUUGGAUGUGCAGCAGCAUUCAAGGAAAACAAGUGCCUGUUGGCUGUGCUAUUUUCUUUUUUGCUGGUGAUUCUCACAGCACUUAUUACGUCUGGAGCUCUUGGCUAUGGAUUCAGAAGUGAUGUUACCAAUGCAGUGGAGAAUGGAUUACACAAGGCAAUUAAUGCUUACAACUCAAACAGUACCCAGAGAGACCAGGUGGAUUAUCUACAGAGAAAUCUGAAGUGUUGUGGUGUAAAUAAUGCCUCUGAUUGGCUGAGUGCUAAGACCUGGGCCCCAACUUCCAACAAAACUGUUCCAGAAAGCUGCUGUGUCGCUGACAUUAACUGUACAGAGGAAGAGCGAAAAAUGAUCUAUAAUCCAAAAUACAUCUACCAGAAGGGGUGUUAUGAGAAAUUAGAACAUGAAUUCAUGUCCAAUUUGGCCUACAUUGCAGGCACUGCCAUUGGUCUAGCUGUGAUUUUGGUCCUGGGCAUGAUCUGUAGUUGCAUCCUGUUCUGUCGCUCCAAGGAGGUUCGAUAUGAAGCACUAGGAGGACAGUAUGCAGGACUUCGUGUGUAGGAGCUCCUGUAGAAGGCUGUUGGAGUUAUCCUACAGAAAACUGUUAUUGCACUAGGACUUUUUCAGUUCCAAUGUUAAGAAAUGCAACUUCAAACAAGCAUCAUGCACAGUGAUAAACUUACUUCCACCUCCUUCAGUGUCAUUUCAGUGUCAUUUAAGAACUCAAUCUGUGUGUCAUUUUUGAAAAAGAAAUCUAUUGAUUGAUUUGAUAAUAGUUUUAUGUGGGAUUAAUGUGUUUUGAUAAAAUAUUCUGUAUGUUUACAGUGCACAGACCUACCUAGAGCUUUUUUGAGGCUGUACUGUUUAAAAAGAAAAUAGUUUGUAAUUCUGCCAAUUGAAAUAUAAAACCAAUUAUCUUUAAUUUUCAAGCUAGAAAACAGCAGAUACUUUCCUUUGUGGAUAUAUUAUGAAGGAACCACAGUUACAGCUGGAAAAGUGAUUCAAGCAUGUGAGUCUGAUUUUGGUAGUGGGAUGAGAUUUGAAUUUUGAUUGAGGUUAUGAUUGGUUUAGUGGUUGAAUAUACAGCUGUAAUCUAUGAUGAACUCAAGAGUCCAAAGUCUGGUUGUGCUCAUUAAUGUUUUAGUGCUGUCCAUUUGUAUAUACUCCAUUUUUCAUCUGGAAGAAACUCAUUUAGUGAUUGUUAAAUGCACAGCUAACAAUUCUCUACUCACCCUGUGAUAAUUGUGACUUUGCUUAAGAGGCAUUUAAAAAUAGCUUGUAAAUUUUGUCUAUCAAAGCUCUCAUGUGUGUUUUAACAGCUACAAUAGUACACAGUGGUUUUUUUUCUUUUUUGGCUUGAUAUUCAUACAGAUGUGAAUAUUAUUUGCAAAAGGUUAAAUGCUUGGUAAUUAAUUUACAGGGUGAUGAUUAAUUGUGGCAUUAAUGAUUUCAGUGUCAGUUAUGAAAGUAGGUAUAAGGAGUAGAGUAAAAUUAUGAUACCUAUUUAUUUUUUCAACAAACUUAAAUUUUUGAAUUCUAUUUAUGGCCAAGAGACUUAUUUUGAAUACCUGUAAAUUGCCAACAGAUUUUAAACAAUGCCAUUUGACUCCUGUGAUUUCAAUUACUAUUUGUGAUAAAAGUUCUGAAGGAAAAGAUUGAAACAAAACUUCCAUAAGUAUGUUAGUAAUGACAGGAUCACAUGUAGAUUAUAAAUCUAUCCUUACUGCAUUAUCAGCAGUCUGUGUGAAAAGUUGAUGUUUAUAAUCAUUCAAUUUAUUAUUUUGUAGUGGCUUAGAAAUUGUCAGAUUAUGAUAUUUUCAUUUAUGUACUUUCAAUGUACAAAUUAUGUUAAUUUUCCUUAAGACCAAACAUUUUCUAUUGAUUAAUAAUUAUGCAAAUAGAUGUUCAAUUGUGUAAAUGUACACUUUAUGGCAUAAUAUUUUUAAAGGUCAGAAACAAAGCAAUUCUUUUUAGAGGAAGAAGGGACUGUUUAGAUUACGAAUCUCUAUAAUUUGGAUUAUUUGCUCUUUGUUGUUGUUUUUUGUAAUAAAUUUAAAAAUACA